CUUUUCAUGCUCGGUGCGGUGCAUGAAACGAAUGAAGAUUACAAAGCAAUUCUGAAACUGUGCGGAAAAAAUCCCUUUGGUUUGAAAAUGGAGUGCCUUGAUAAUUCAGCAGUGAGUCUUCCGAACGAGUUGUGGAUCGAAAUCUUCAGAAAAUUGGAUAACCGCACUCUGCUGAAGUUAGCUCUGGUAUCCCAACACUGGCAUGAGCUGAUUUUUACGCAUCUAAUUCGUCGUUUCCAACUGAAGCUGGAUCCGGGAAAGCUGAAAUUUCCCAUGAUUGCAUCCAGCAUUAUACCAGGGAGAAACUACAAACAUCUCCAGUUGAAAUUAUCGGAAAUCGAAGGCGCCCCGAUGAAGAUUUUCCAUCAGCUGAUGCCGAACUUGGAGUCAUUGACGCUGAACCUAAAAUCGCUUGAGCUGUCGGUCCUAAUACAGAUGCUAGGAUUGUGUCCCCGAAUCAAAGAGCUGCACCUUUAUGGCUUCCAAUUCAAACACGAUUAUGACAUCGAAGAAUUUAUCUACUCAUCUUUGAAAAUUCGUCCUGCUAUUGGUUCUUUGGAAUUGGAGUACAAAAAGUUGGGUGUUUUCGAAAGAGAAUUUCAACCAUGCAUUCUGAACGGAUCAGAAUCGGAGAUGUUGACCGCCUCAAAAUUCGUCCCAGCUAUCGCAUCGUUGGGCUUGAACGUUAACAAUUUGGACAUCGUUGAGAGAAUCUUCCAGGGCUGUAUCUCCAAUGUAACAAAGCUUGAUAUGGUCGUCCAUCAACCGGGAGUGAGUUUGCUGGAACGGAUGGCUCCCCAAUUGAAGAUUCUGAAGUUAGAAGUUUAUGAAGGAGCCAUCGAAUACGUGCUUAACCUGCGCUUCCCGGCACUAGACACAUUGUCGCUUAAGCUGCAUGCAUCGUCAUACAAAGACUCCGUAUUUUGUGACUUUUUGCUUGGCUCCCAAUCAUUGAAGACAGCUUUUCUAGUUCUCCGGAAGUGCGAAUUCAAGGACGUAUUUCCCGCCAUAACCAAAAGCCUUCCGCUUGUUGAAAAACUACAAAUCGUCAGCGAUACGGUGACCUCGCUCGAAGGACUGGAGCGUAUGACAAAUUUGAAGAAACUGUCCAUUAGAAAGAGUUCCCUACUGGCGAAUUACUACAAUCAAACCGCAAUUCAACCAAUGGUGCAAUCGUUCGAAUGCCACGACAUACAUAUCAAAGAUCAGCUGCGAAAUGUUCUGAGGCGUUUUCCGAAUCUGCGGUAUCUAUCGUUGUCGAUGCGCGAUUUUUACGACGUUAUGACUCGUUUCGGCGAUGCGGUGCCGUUACUCAAGGAAUUUACUAUCUCGGUGUAUCGCUUUCUUAUCGAGAUCAUAGGACUGAUGGAGGAAUUGACGAGUUUGGAGAAAAUCGUCAUCAAUGCGGCUGUUUUUGCUAAGUCGAAUUUCUACCAUCUGAGAAGAGUAAUCAUCCUACCGUCGCUCAGAAGCUUGGAGGUGAACACCAAAUGGGCUCUUCCGGAGGACCUUACCCGUAAGGUUGCUGCAGUGAAUAAAUCCUGUGCGCUGAUACUGAACGGAGAUAUUGUCGCGCCAGCUGUGGUAGUCCGCCGUUCCGCAGUGAAACGUGUAAAGCCUAGCGUUUGAUUCGGUUUGGAUAUAGAGUAGGAAGGUAAUUUUGAUUUGAUUGUAAUAUGUACAUUCCCAAAUGUACAAGCUACUUGAUUUAACCAAUAGUGUCGAUGUUUAAGAAGUAGCCUUUUAAUCUGUAUCAAUGAAUGUCUAGCUCUUUUUCCGUUUCAAUAAAUGACUUGAGCUGUUUCGCACAUA